ACACUUGCUUGUUUUCUCAAGUCUCUUUUCAUUAUAUAUAGUCAUAGAGAGAGUGUCUUGUGAGAGAAAUAAUCUAUCUAAUCUUAUAAGUUAUAAGAUAAGAUGGGUUUGUGUUCAAUUAUUAUAAAUUUAAAUGGUUUUAUUCUUCUUAUUCUUGUUGUAUGUUGGAACAAACAAGUUUAUGGUUAUGGUGUGACAGAGCAAGAAGAAGACAGAGUGUAUGAAUUACCAGGGCAACCUUUGGUGAAUUUCAAACAAUAUUCUGGUUAUAUUACUGUCAAUGAAAGUCAUGGAAGAGCACUGUUUUAUUGGUUCUUUGAAUCUUAUGAUCAACCUCAACAAAAACCUCUUCUUCUUUGGCUCACUGGAGGCCCUGGAUGUUCUUCAAUAGGUUAUGGAGAAGCAGAGGAACUGGGACCCUUCUUUCCCCAAAAUAGCACCCAACCUAAGCUCAAGUUGAACCCUUAUUCUUGGAAUAAAGCUGCAAAUCUUUUGUUUCUUGAAUCUCCUGUUGGAGUGGGAUUUUCCUACACCAAUACCACUAGUGAUAUACAAGAGCUUGGUGACACCAUUACUGCUAAGGAUUCACACACAUUUCUCAUCAAUUGGUUUAAAAGAUUUCCUCAAUUCAAAUCACAUGAUUUCUACAUUGCUGGUGAAAGCUAUGCAGGACACUAUGUUCCACAACUUUCUGAGCUUAUUUUGGAUAAUAAUCACAAUUCUUCUGAGGAAGAUUACAUCAACUUCAAAGGGAUCAUGAUUGGAAAUGCACUAUUGGAUGAUGAAACAGAUCAAAAGGGUAUGAUAGAAUAUGCAUGGGAUCAUGCUGUUAUAUCUGAUGGAUUAUACCAUAACAUUACAACCAUAUGCAACUUCAGCCAUCCAAUUCAAAAUCAAACAGAUGAAUGCAAUACAGAACUUAACAAAUACUUUGAUGUGUAUAAGAUUAUAGACAUGUAUAGUUUGUACACUCCCAUGUGUUUCAGUAACAUCAGCAACACAAGAAGGGAAUCACCCGUCAUCAAAGGCGCGAACCCUCGUGCCCUUUCCAAAUUUGAUGGAUGGCAUAGAUAUCUUGCAGGAUAUGAUCCAUGUGCAUCAGAUUAUACUGCAGCAUAUCUAAAUAGGCCAGAAGUUCAAAAGGCACUGCAUGCUAAUGUCACCAAUAUUCCAUAUCCAUGGUCUCAUUGCAGUAAUAAUAUAUCAUUUUGGAAUGACUCACCGGUGUCCAUGCUUCCCGUCCUCAAGAAACUCAUUGCCGGCGGUCUCCGUGUAUGGGUUUACAGUGGAGAUACAGAUGGAGUAAUUCCUGUAACUGCAACAAGAUACACACUAAAGAAAUUGGGGCUCCCUAUAGUUCAAGAUUGGACUCCUUGGUAUACGAGUCGUCAGGUGGGAGGAUGGAACAUUGUAUAUGAUGGUUUAACAUUUGUGACAAUAAGAGGAGCUGGUCACCUAGUUCCUACUUUUACUCCCAAACAAGCACUUCAGCUAAUUCGACACUUCUUAGUCAAUAAGAAAUUACCACAACAUCCUAUUUAAUCACCAUGUGUUUGAUUAUUUUUGGGUUAAAAUUAACCCACGAUUGUUAAUGUUGGUUUUUAUUAUUCACUUAAACUCUCUCAUUCAAGUGAGGCUUGUAUUGAAUUAGUCACACUAAUUACUAUAUACUAUACAAGCAUAGCAACUUAGUUA